AUGUUACCAUGUAUUUUCGCCUGGAAACUAUUUUUUAAAACCAUAAAUGCAAUUAGAAUAUUUUAUUACACAAUGGGCUCUAUUCAAUUUAAUAUACAUAUGGAUACUAUAUUUGUUACUGCUCAUACCUUAUUACGUAAUCAAGAUAAUAAUAAUAUUAACCAUAAUAAUAAUAAUAAUCAAUUAUUAAUCCCAUAUUAUCAAUUAAAUUAUACAAUUACAGAAAAUCAACCAAUUCAUUAUAAAAUUGGUCAGAUUAAUAAAGAUUUAUUAUUAAAAAUUAAAAAUAAUAAUAACAAUAAAACAAUUAAAUUAUUAAAUUAUUUAUUAAAUCAAUCCUCCCCCUCCUCAUCCUCCUCCUUUUCAUCCUCCCCCUCCUCAUCAUUAUUAUUAUAUAAAUUAAAAACCCCUACAAAUGAUAUUGAUUUAAAUGAAAUAACAAGUGAGUUAGUAACAAAAAAAAGUUUUGAUUUAGAAAAAUUAUGUCCAUUUUAUUGUCAUAGCAACAAUUUUUUUGCUGAAUUAUUAUAUCAUAUUUAUAUACAAUUAAAUAAUAAUAAUCAAUCAAUCAUUUCAUUGAUUACUAUACAAUUAUUAAUUAUUGAUUUAAAUGAUAAUUUACCAUUUUUUCCAUUAACAAUCAAAAGACCAUAUAAAAUUCAAUUAAAAGAAGUUAUUUAUCAUAAAGAUAAAUUGAUUGAAUUACCUAAUGCAAUCGAUUAUGAUAUUGAUCCAAAAUAUAAUAAAAUAAAUUAUCAUCUUGAUACUAUGGUAACAAAUGAUAAAUUAUUGAUUAUGAAUACAUUUGAUUUAUUGAUUACUCAUGAUAAACGUUUAUUACUUUUAUUAAAAAUUGAUUUAGAUUAUGAAUUAAUUAAUCAAUAUCGAUUUUAUUUAAUAUGUAAAUCAAUAAAUGAUAAUAAUAAUAAUAAUAAUUCAAUUAUUGAUAAUGAUCAAUUAGAAAUUAUUAUAGAUAUAUUAAAUAUUAAUGAUAAUGAACCAAAAUUUUCACAAAUGUUAUAUGAAAUUAAAAUUAUGGAAAAUAUAUUAGUGAAUUCAGUGAUAUAUCAAUUAAUUGCUACUGAUGAAGAUGCCAAUUCGACAAUUACAUAUUCAAUGGAAAAUAAUGUUGAUUCAAAUCUUACAUCGAAAUUUUUAAUUCAAUCCAAUGGACAAAUUAUAAUUAAAGAACAAUUAGAUUAUGAACAAUGUAAUUUAUAUAGUUAUACAAUACGUGCUAAUGAUGGAGAAUUUGAUGCUUUCACUCAACUUGUUAUAAAAAUUUUAGAUGUAAAUGAUGAACCACCAGAAUUUUUAUUAAAUCCAUCUAUCUUAUUCAUAAAAGAAAAUCAACCAGAGAAAACAUUCAUUGGUCAUCUUCUCAUUAUUGAUCGGGAUAGUCCUCAAGUUAAUGGUCAAGUAUAUUGUGAAGAACCAUCACAUUUAAUAAGAAAUCAACCUAUUCUAUUUGUACAAGAAUCAUUUGAUUUAAAUGAACAAACAUUGUCACAAAAUCAUAAUGAUUAUCAUUCUACAAUAUUCUCAACGGUAUCAUCAACACCGUCAUCGUCAUUAUCAUCGUCAUCAUUAUCAAAUACUGAAACUCAUGUUUAUCAACGUUUUACAUUAUAUAGCCAAAAUAAAUAUGAUCGUGAAAAUAGUACAGAUAAAUAUCUGGCUAUUUUACAUUGCUGGGAUGGAAUUAUCGAUUCCUUCUCGAAUUCCCAUGUAUCAUCCUAUUCAACAAAAUAUUUAUCAACAGAUUACCCUAAACAUGUAUCAUCAAUGACAUCAAUGCCAUUAUUAACUAGUCUAACAGCUACAAUGACUAUUACCUUACAAAUAUUAGAUGAAAAUGAUAAUGAACCAAUAUUUGAUAAACCAUUGUAUAAGGUUACAUUUAAAGAAAACUCACCUAGAAACACUAAAAUUAUUCAAAUGCAUGCUACAGAUAAGGAUAUAGGAGAAAACGCACAAAUUUACUACAGUUUACAAAUGAAUGAACUUAAUACACCUUAUUUUAAAAUAGAUCCAAUAACUGGUUGGAUUCUUAAUUCAGUUGAAAUAGAUCGUGAAGCACAAUCAACAUUUAAAUUAACAAUUCUAGCAAUUGAUGGGGGUUACCAACCACUAAACAAUCAAUUUUAUUUAUUAUCCAACAAUAAUAUAAUACAUCAUACAUCAACAACACAACUCAUGAUUCAUAUAUUAGAUGUAAAUGAUAAUGCACCGGAAUUUCAUGGUCCAAGACAAUUUGCCAUUGAAGAAAAUCAACCAUCCAAUACAUGGAUUGGUAAUCUAAAAGUCAUUGAUAAAGAUGAAGGAUUAAAUAGUGAAAUAACAUUGAAAUUAUUAUUAUUUUCUGAUAAAUGGUUCAAUGAAAUCGUAGAGUCUCAAUUGAGGAAUAAUACUACUCAAUUAGUUACUGAUUAUCAUUUACCAUUUUAUAUAUUGAAUAAUGGAAUGAUUGCAUCCGAUAAUGGUCAAGAUAAAGUUUAUUCUACAAUAGAUACAAUUUGUAUACGUAUACUUGAUUUAAAUGAUAACAAACCUUAUUUUAUUGGAAUUGAGGGAGAGUAUUAUGAUAUAAAUAAACCAUCUAUGAAUCAAUCAUUAUCUACAAUGAAUUCAACUAUUAUGGAUCCUUAUAUUAAUGAACAAUGGAAUAUAUCACAUAUCACUUCAAUUCAUUUAUCUAUCAAUGAAAAACCUGGUUAUUGUAUAUUCAUUGUUAAAGCAUUUGAUCUAGAUGAAGGUAUGAAUUCAUUAUUACAAUAUAAUAUAACACUCGAAUAUUCAAGAAAUAAGGCUGAAACUAUAUUGGAUGCAUUGAAAAUGAAUACAUCAAAUGGACAAGUGAUAUUGAAUAGAAGUUUAGAUCAUAAUGAAAUUGGUAAUUAUAAAAUAACAGUCAUUGUAAAAGAUAGUGGAAUACCUGUACAGAGAUCUGAAAAAAUCAUUGAAUUAAUUAUUGAAGAUACUCCAUCUCGUGGUAAUUGGUUACUUUCAAACAUUAUACAACAACAUAAUACAAAACAAAAUGCCAUAAUAGAAUCUUAUAAAAUCUUUAUAGUUAUACUAUUCAUUGGAAUGUCAACAUUUCUAGCUACUAUAUUAAUUAGUAUUAUUCUAUGUAUGAUAAAACCUUGUCGAAGUAUCCAGGCGAAGUAUUCAACGAAAUGGUCUUGUAAAAGAACAUGUAAUGAACAUAAAUAUCAGAAUAAUAAUAAUAAUAAUAAUAAUAAUAAUAAUAAUAAUAAUAAUAGUGAUCUCCAUACAAAAGAACUUGAUGGAACAAUCUUCAAUCAUAAUGCUAAUAAUACAAAAACUGAUCAUAUAGAAUCAAUCAAUAAUGUUUACAAGUUUCAUUGGUAUAAUCAACAAUGUCAAAAACGACGACGACAACAACCAUUUGAUCCCCUUAGUGGUUAUACAUCAGAAGGAAAUAUAGACCAUUCAUUUGAUAAUAUUUCAUCAUAUACUAUUUAUAAUCAAGAUCAAAAUCAUGAUCAAGAUCAUUAUAAGAAGUUAUUUAUUGUUAAUGAUUGUAUAAAGAAUGAUUCUAUACCUUAUUAUGGUUUUGUUGAAACAGAUACAUUUUGUAUUGGUACUAACACUAAUGAUCAAUCUACAUGUGUAAUGAAUAUGAAUGCUGAUGAACAAGGAUUAAUUAUGAAUAAUGAAAUUCAACCAGUAUAUGUUGAAAGGGUUUUAUUACCAUUAAAUAUAAUUAAAAAUACAUUUCAACAACCUGAAUGGAACUCAUUCAUUUUAGAAUUCCCACAAAAUGACUGUCAGCAAAUGUUAUCAAAUACAUCCUUCAAUGACAAACAUUUGAGAUGUCCUUUACAUUUACCACAACAGUUAAAUCAUAAUACUCAACUAUGCGAUUCAUCUAAAAUGUCAUUUCCAUCAGUUUCAUUAGCAUCUUUGAAUAAUUCUACGGUGAAACCUGAUCUUAUUUUACUUCAGUGUACAAAUACCCUACCUAUUUCUCUAUCCAAUUAUGUACAACAUCAUAGAUCUGUUUUAUUGAAUCCCACUUCUAUGUCCAAUACGGUGAUACUAUUGGAUCCUAAUACACCCAGUUUAAAGAAUCCCAAGUCGGCGAAUAAAAGAAACAUAGACUGUAAUGUACAAAAUAUUAUUACUUCAAUCGCUAGUGAAGAACAACAUUCAGAUAGUGGUCGAGGAGCAAGUGAUGAAGAAAAUUCCAGUCGAAUUCACCAACACUAAUCAAUUCAACUGAAUAUGAUUAAACUACCAACGUACCUGUACAUUCAACGAAAUGUUUAAAGGGUUUUCUAGUACAACGAAUUACAAAUGCUUCAAUCGUAAGCUGCAAUGCCCUACACAGUAUGGAGCGUUUUACCGCCAG